CAAUUAAAGUAUCUCUUCGGAGCGCGUUUAAAGACUCCAAACUACGAUUCAUCUUCUGAUCUUUGUCAUCUUCGUCUCUGCAAUAACAAACCCUUAUAUAUAUACCCGAACGUAUAGCCUAUAUAUAUAUAUAUAUAUAUAUAUAUCUGAAUAUAUACGCAUAUCGAAUCGAACGGUCUCACCUCGGACAUGGGUUGCUCUUCCUCUCUUCCAGAUAGGAACUCUGGGCGGUUGGGUGGGCUUAAUUCGGAGAAUGGUGGAGUUCCUGAUGCCAAAAAUCUACGAGUGAAGCUGGUUCUAUUGGGGGACUCUGGUGUUGGAAAAAGCUGCAUUGUUCUCCGCUUUGUUCGUGGUCAGUUUGACCCAACAUCCAAGGUAACCGUAGGAGCUUCAUUCUUGUCACAAACGAUUGCCUUGCAAGAUUCUACAACAGUCAAGUUUGAAAUAUGGGACACUGCUGGCCAGGAGAGGUAUGCAGCUUUGGCUCCACUUUAUUACAGAGGUGCUGCAGUCGCUGUUGUUGUUUAUGAUAUAACAAAUCCUGAUUCGUUCACUAAAGCACAAUAUUGGGUUAAGGAACUACAGAAACACGGGAACCCUGAUAUAGUAAUGGCUUUAGUUGGCAACAAAGCUGAUCUUCAAGAGAAACGGGAAGUGCCAAUUCAAGAUGGCAUUGACUGUGCGGAAAAGAAUGGGAUGUUCUUUAUUGAGACAUCUGCGAAGACAGCAGAUAAUAUUAAUCAGCUAUUUGAGGAAAUUGCUAAGCGCCUACCACGCCCAUCUCCUUCAUGAUUGUAGAAUUCCGAAAACUAACUUAAUAGCUUCUAUAUUAAGGGAACAAUAUACCUGCCUGUAAUAUUAAGUUCUAUACAUGUGCCAGGUUUGAUUUGCUCAUUUUAGUUGAACCUGUAAGAUAUGUUUGAGCCUUAACUUCACGGUGUGUGGCCAAGUAUUGAUGAUAAUGACUUAAGCCCGGCUCUGUUUUGAGAUCUCAUAAUAAUACAGCUAAAAAGUUAACUGGUAUAUUUUUUUGUCA